UUUUCUGCCUCCGAAGAUGAUGGCUCCAUUCACUGGCAGAGGCCCGGGAAGGAAGACAAUCAGCCUGACUUUGCCUUCUAUCAUCCCCGCGCUCCCUCGGCUGAGGUGGAGAUGACCUCCUAUGUGCUUCUCGCGAGGUUGACCAAACAGCCGGCCCCGGCCCAGGAGGAUCUGACGAAAGCCGCCCACACGGUCCAGUGGCUGAGCAAGCAACAGAAUCCCACGGGCGGGUUCUCUUCUACGCAGGAUACAGUGGUUGCCCUCCAGGCCCUCGCCCUGUACGGAGCCUUGACCUUCUCCAAGGAUAGCACCGGCACCGGAGUAGCCCUCGCUUCUGGAGAGAACGUCUUGAAGCAAUUCCAGGUGGACAGCACCAACCGCCUCCUCCUUCAGUGCCAGGCGCUGCCCAAAGUGCCCGGGGACUACGACAUCCAGGUGACCGGGGACGGCUGCGCCUAUUCCCAGACCAUCUUGAGAUACAACGUGCAGCCACACCAGGACGAUGCGCCUUUUGCCCUGGACGUCCACACCGUUCCAGAGACCUGCACAGGCCCCGAGGCCCACCAGACCUUUGACCUUGCUAUUAAUGUCAGUUACACAGGCAAGCGCCCUGUCUCCAACAUGGUGAUCAUUGAUGUCAAGAUGCUCUCGGGAUUCAUCCCAGUGAAACCGUCCGUGAAAACGCUGGAGCGUGCAAAUAAGGUGAAGAGGACCGAAGUGAGCACCAAUCACGUCCUGCUGUAUUUGGAAAAGGUGACCAAUGCCACCCAGAGUUUCUCCUUCAGGGUGGAGAGAGACAUCCCGGUCGAAGGCCUGAAGCCUGCCGUGGUGAAAGCGUACGAUUACUAUGAAACAGAUGAAUAUGCUGUGAUGGAUUACAACGCCCCCUGCAGUUCAGAUGAAAUUAAAAAUGGAAAUGCCUGAACAGCGGAAACACAGCCAUCUCCAUCCCAAGAAAUUGUUCCCAUCUCUUCCAUCUUCCAGACAAAGUGACAC